UAAAGCAAUGGACGCAGUGCAGCCUCCGGCGCCGGCGCCGGCGAAAAAUGACUGUGACGGUGCCGGAGAUACUGGUGGUCCUUCGCUGGUCAGAACAUACCGCGCUUGGAAAGGAAAUAAUGAAUUUUUUCUUCAAGGGAGGCUUAUAUUUGGACCUGAUGUGAAAUCUAUAUUUAUGACAAUAUUUCUUAUAGUUGCCCCUGUUGCUGUUUUCUGUGCUUUAGUGGCUAGGAAACUGUUGGAUGAUUUUCCUCAUCACUCGGGAUAUUCGAUACUGAUCGUAGUUAUUGUUCACACAAUGUUUGUUCUGAUCACCCUUGUACUGACAUCAGGAAGAGAUCCGGGUAUAGUGCCUCGUAAUGCUUAUCCUCCAUUGCCAGAUGAUUAUGAUCGCAGCACCGAAAUCAACAAUGAACAAAGCUCACGGCUACAUUUGCCACGAGCAAAGGAAGUAAUUGUCAAUGGAAUAUCUGUGAAAAUCAAAUAUUGUGAUACCUGUAUGCUGUAUAGACCUCCCCGCAGUUCUCAUUGUUCAGUAUGUGACAACUGCGUGGAGCGAUUUGAUCAUCACUGCCCAUGGCUGGGUCAGUGCAUUGGAUUGCGAAAUUACCGGUUCUACUACAUGUUUGUUUUCUCUGCUACCCUUCUUUGCUUAUAUGUUCAUGGCUUCUGCUGGGUCUACAUUAAGAAGAUCAUGGACUCGGAGGAGAUAUCAAUUUGGAAAGCAAUGAUAAAAACCCCAGCUUCUAUUGCACUAAUAAUAUACACUUUCAUUUCUGUCUGGUUUGUUGGUGGCCUCACCGCUUUCCAUACGUAUCUAAUCAGCACAAACCAGUCUACUUAUGAAAAUUUUAGAUACCGGUACAAUAGACAAGCCAACCCUUAUAACAAAGGGGUAGUUGAGAACUUUAAAGAGAUCUUCUGCUCUGUCAUUCCUCCAUCCAAGAUCAAUUUCAGGUCUAAGGUUCCAAUCCCAAAGGAACCACUAGAUUCAUCUCGAAGAAAGGGUAGUCCUAUGAUGAGAAAAACAGCAGACAACCAAGUUCACAAUGAGGUUGAGGAGGAGGAGAGUGAUUAUAAUAAAGAGAGGUUUAUCAAUGAUGAGGAACUUGGCAAGGGUAAUGGAUUAGCUGAUAUGUCAGUGGAUUUAAGCAGGGUACAUCACAAGGAAGGGGGAGAGACACAAGUUGCUUCAUUUCAUAGACACUCGUGGGAAGGAACCGGCGGAAAGUGGGACAUAGCUUCAUUUCAUAGUCUAUAAAAGUGACUCCAUAAUUUCAAAAAAUUUAAAAGAUGUAAAUUGAAAUUACAAAAAAAAUUGGAAUAUUUUCUCAGUAGGGGGAAAAAGCUAGAAAAGUAGAUGAGGAAAAAGUGAUGUAUUUAAUAGGAUGUAUUAUGCACACUCUUUUAUGGUUAAUGAUAUAUGAGUCUC